AUGGCUCUGGCUGCUCCUUCCCCAGAUCUUGCUACUCGCCAGGCAUCCUCCGGCAGCAUCAACACACUCUUUCAGUCUCUCGGCAAGACCUACUUUGGCACCAUCACUGACCCCUAUCUGCUGGGGAACGCUCAAGAUACCAACGUGAUCAAGGCCGAUUUUGGCGCUCUCACUCCCGAGAACAGCAUGAAGUGGGAUUCAAUCGAGCCGUCGCGUAACAACUUUCAAUUCGGCAGCGCUGACUCCGUCGUCAACUUCGCCUUGUCCAAUGGCAAGAAGAUGCGUGGUCAUACACUGCUUUGGCAUAACCAAUUGCCUAGCUGGGUCAGCAGCAUUCGUGACCGCGAUACCUUGACGUCGGUUCUACAGAACCAUGUCACCACAGUUGUUUCUCACUUCAAGGGGAAGAUCUAUGCUUGGGAUGUGGUCAACGAAAUACUCAACGAAGACGGCAGCGUUCGUUCCUCCGUCUGGAGUCAGGUUCUUGGUGACGACUUUGUCAGUAUUGCGUUCAAGGCUGCGAGGGCGGCAGACCCAAAUGCGAAGCUGUACAUCAACGACUACAAUCUUGAUUCGGCAAGCUAUCCAAAGUUGAAGGGCAUGGUCAGCAAAGUCAAUCAAUGGGUGUCUGAAGGUGUCCCCAUCGACGGCAUCGGCACGCAGACGCACCUCAACACUGGCCGAGGAGGCAGCGUGCCGGGUGCACUCAAUGCGCUGGCCGCAGCGAAUGUCAAGGAGAUUGCUAUCACGGAACUCGACAUCGCUGGCGCGUCGGCUGAUGACUAUGUCUCCGUUGUACAGGGAUGUGUCAGUCAACCGAAGUGCAUCGGCAUCACCCUCUGGGGCACAUCGGAUGCUCAUACCUGGCGAUCCGGCGAGAAUCCAACGCUCUUCGACAGUAGCUACCGUCCAAAGGCAGCAUAUGAUGCCAUCAUUGCCAAAUUGAAGUCUGACGGAGGUUCAUCCGCUGGCACGUCCUCUAGUGCAGCUAUCAGCAGUGUCGCCACGACGUCGACCUUGCGAACGACAACAGCGACCAUAUCCGUGUCCUCGACUCGUGUCGUCAAGCCUAUCAGCGUCAGUAGUGCUGGCACGGGCCUCAUUGCUACUCCAAGCUCACCGACUUUCACCUCAACGGAAACAGCAGCGACUGUGUCGGCGACUACAGCGGUCAAAACGUCACCAACUAGCACCACAUCGCCUGAUACCUCGCCCAGCGGCAUCAGCUUUACCGCGAUGUACUCUGGAGCGCUCGGACCGCCAACCAAAUUCGUGUGCUAUGCCGAGCUGUGA